UUUAUAAUCAAUUUAAAAAAAUGAAAAAUCAAAAAGAAAACUGUUUCAAAUCAAAAUUUAUUCUACUAAAUUCACAAGAGGAUUCACACGAAAUUAUUUGGUCGUGUAGCGAUUCAAGUGAUUAUGAGUAUUCACACAAUGAUAUUAACGUAAAAGCUGUUAAAAGAAAAAAGAAACUGGUGAAAGGUAAAAAGAAAAUAUCUAAUAACGUUUCUAAUCUUGACAUAACAUUUGUUGACGUUACAUUUGAGAAGAAUAAUGAAAAAAAUGUUGAAGAAUCACAAAAUCACUCCAACAUUGAUAAUGUUUCAAAUUUGUCCAAUUUUGGUUGUAAAUCGCCAAUUUUGAGUUCACAGCGAUAUGUCGCGCCAAUGAAAAGGAGACAAUCAACUGUUAAUUGUCCUAGUGGUCACAAAGAAAUGGAACCAGUAAGUCCUGUGUUGGUGCUCAAGUAUAACACGCCAAAGAUUUCGCCUAAAAUAAGAAAAAAAUUGUUUAACAAUAAUGCAAAUACUAAUCAAGACACCUGUAGAGAGAAUAGAAGUUUGUCCCCAGUAUUAACUUGCAUAGAAAAUGGGCUAAUAAAAAGUAGUAAACACAAAGCUGCAACCAUUGACAAUACCAAUUUAAACAAAGAUAUUUGCCAAAUAAAUACAUACAGAGAAAAACAUAAAUAUGACUCCAGCCUUACGAAAGUACAACAAACUAAUAAAAAUAACAAUAAUUAUAAAAAUGAAGAAAACUCAUUAACUUAUGAAGAAAAACAAAUUUAUAAAAAUAAUGUUAAUUUAGACGACACAUUAACAGAUAAAACAUCAAGUGUGUUAUUAGCAGAGAAAGUCAAAUUAUACUUUGAUAGCUAUUUCAGUUCCACGACUAACUCGCAACAUUCUAUAAGUGAAUAUGAAUCGAAGAGCAGUCCAGACAGCAAUGAUGAUAUUGAAAUUAUUAACUCAUUGCCUCGAACUAAAAAUUCUCAAUGCUUAAAGUCUGAUAAUAAAUCUUCAUCUGAUAGCCUAAAAUUUGAUAAAAUUCCACAAACAAAGAAGGUUAAAUAUAAGAAGGAUGGAUUGGCAUAUCGCCUUAGUGUAUUAAUAAAAAAACAAAAUGCAAACACAUCACUAUGGUAUCAUGAGAGAUUUUUGGUGGCAAAUUCAAAUUUCGUUCUCCCUCAAGAACAAUUCUUGGCAUUUAGAAUACAGGAAGUUAGUUUUAAAUAUGGCUGUUUUUUACUCAGAGCAUUGAAUUUAAACGAUGAUACUUGUGUUAUUAUUAUAAAUAAUUUAUAUGCCAAAAGUAAUAUUUUUAAGGAGAAUUCUGUGCUUAAACUUUAUAAACCAUAUAAAUUUAUAGAAUCUAAAAGAUAUCAAUUAAUCAUAAAUGUGUGUAAAUAUGAAUGUAUAAUGUUAAAAAAGUAAUGUACAAUUAAAUAUUAAUUAUCU